AUGAUUAUUUUAUAUUUAUUUCAGACACUAGAAGCAUGUGUGAAAAACUGUGGACGACGAUUUCAUGCAGAAAUUGGAAAAUUUAGGUUUUUAAAUGAGAUCAUCAAAGUUGUAUCUCCAAAGUAUUUGGGCACUCGAACAUCAGAAAAAGUAAAGAAACGAUGUAUAGAAUUAAUGUAUAGUUGGUCAAAAGGCUUGUCACAUGAGAAUAAAAUAAAUGAGGCCUAUGCUAUGCUGAAAACACAAGGUAUUGUUAAAGAAGACCCUGUAUAUAUUGACAAGACUCUGAAUGUCAGCCCAAUGCCUCCUCCCAGACCCAAAAAUGCAUUAUUUGAAGAUGAAGAAAAAGCCAAGCUUUUAUCUCGGUUACUCAAAAGUAAGAACCCAGAAGAUCUCCAGGCAGCUAAUCGGCUGAUAAAAAACAUGGUCCAGCAGGAUGCAGAUCGGAUGGACAAAAUAUCAAAGCGGAUGUCUGAAUUAGAAACCAUCAAUAAUAAUGUUAGUGUAUUGUCAGAGAUGCUUGAACAUUACAGUUCAGAAUCUGCUACGCAAAGUGAUACUGACACAAUGAAGGAAUUGUAUGAAACCUUAGAAAAACUUAGGCCCAAUUUAUUCCGGUUGGCCAGUGAUACAGAUGAACGUGAUAAUGAUGGAAUUAGUGAUAUUUUAAGAGCCAAUGAUGAUGUCAUGAAAGUUAUGAAUCAAUAUAAAAUGAAAGUAGAUGGAUCAUCUGACCUUGGCAAUCAUUCUUUGCUUGACCUCAGCUUUGACCAAAGUACCAGCUCCCCAAGCAAACAAGCACCAGUUAAUAAUGAAUCUGGGACUGGAGCUUCUAUUCUAGAUGAGCAACUUUUGGCACUGGGUCUCAGUGACACGUCAGAUGUGAAGCCUGCAUUGGCUCCGUCCUUGACCAAUCCCAGCCAAGAGAGCAGUUCUACUUUGGAUCAGUUGAGUGAUAUCUUUGGAACUUCAGCAACAUUUGGCAAUGUAACUCCUUCAACUACUUUAUUACCAACAAGUGGAAGCCAGCCUCCUGUUUAUAAUCUGAGUGGCUCUAAUGCCAUGGCUAAUAUGUCAACAUCAUCUGUGUUUACUGGAUUGACACAAACCAUGUCAAAUUCAACGACAACCACCAGUGGACUUCUUAUGUCUGGUUCAAUGGCCAAACCUCAGGUUUUCAGCAGCCCUCUAUCCUCAUCAAGCAGCAUCAUUACACCUAUGUCUGCAGACUCUCUUAUAUCAAAGACAUCUCAAGCAGGUACCAAUGCUACUUGCCAGAACACAAUCACAGACUCUCAGAAGAAAGCCAUGGAGGAGUUAGACAUCUUGGGACAAACCAUGAUGCAACAGUCACUUUCUAAAGAUAAAUCAAAUUUGGUGUCUGCUGUGUCUUCCAGUCCAACACCAUCAGUGGUCAGUAGCCUUGCAACCACGACUACAACAUCCACUAUGAGCACGAUCACUGCUGACAGCACACUAAAUGAUCUCUUCAAUGGUACAGUAGCUGUUGGUUCUACUGGAAGUAUUUUGUCUCCUAGUCCAACCCUUCUGGUGCCAACCUCCCAAGAGUCAUGUGCUGACACGCUCAGCAUUGGCUCUAACUCCCCAACCAUCCUGCCUAAGGAACCAAUUUCCCUCUCGGAUGUCUUUGUACCUUUGGAAACUGUUGAACCAGGCACCUCACCAUCGAUUAAUGCCUAUGACAAAGAUGGGCUGAAGAUAGUUUUUCAUUUUGCCAAAAACAAGCCGCGGCCUGAUGUUCUUGUGAUGGUUGUGUCAGUGAUGAGUAGAAACUCAUGUCCAGUCAAAAGUUUUUUGUUUCAAGCGGCAGUUCCCAAGGUGAUGAAAGUGAAGCUGCAACCUCCAUCAGCUACAGAUCUGCCCACUUACAACCCAAUUCUUCCCCCAGCAGCCAUUACACAAGUCAUGUUGAUAGCUAAUCCUCAAAAAGAAAAAAUUCGCUGUCUCUCUCUUUCUCUUCCCAUCUAUCGCUAUUGCUGUCUCUCUCUUUCUCUUCCAUCUAUCUCUAUAGCUGUCUCUCUCUUUCUCUCCUCAUCUAUCUCUAUAGCUGUCUCUCUCUUUCUCUCCUCAUCUAUCUCUAUAGCUGUCUCUCUCUUUCUCUCCUCAUCUAUCUCUAUAGCUGUCUCUCUCUUUCUCUCCUCAUCUAUCUCUAUAGCUGUCUCUCUCUUUCUCUCCUCAUCUAUCUCUAUAGCUGUCUCUCUCUCUCUUUCUCUCCCCAUCUAUCGCUAUAGCUGUCUCUCUCUUUCUCUUCCAUCUAUCUCUAUAGCUGUCUCUCUCUUUCUCUCCUCAUCUAUCUCUAUAGCUCUGUCUCUCUCUCUCUUUCUCUCCCCAUCUAUCGCUAUUGCUGUCUCUCUCUUUCUCUCCCCAUCUAUCGCUAUUGCUGUCUCUCUCUUUCUCCCCAUCUAUCGCUAUUGCUGUCUCUCUCUUUCUCUCCCCAUCUAUCGCUAUUGCUGUCUCUCUCUUUCUCUCCCCAUCUAUCGCUAUUGCUGUCUCUCUCUUUCUCUCCCCAUCUAUCGCUAUUGCUGUCUCUCUCUUUCUCUUCCAUCUAUCUCUAUAGCUGUCUCUCUCUCUCUCCCCAUCUAUCGCUAUUGCUGUCUCUCUCUCUCUCUUCCAUCUAUCUCUAUAGCUGUCUCUCUCUUUCUCUCCUCAUCUAUCUCUAUAGCUGUCUCUCUCUCUCUCUCCCCAUCUAUCGCUAUUGCUGUCUCUCUCUCUCUCUCCCCAUCUAUCGCUAUAGCUGUCUCUCACUUUCUCUCCCCAUCUAUCGCUAUUGCUGUCUCUCUCUUUCUCUCCCCAUCUAUCUCUAUAGCUGUCUCUCUCUCUCUCUCUCCUCAUCUAUCGCUAUUGCUGUCUCUCUCUCUCUCUCUCCCCAUCUAUCGCUAUUGCUGUCUCUCUCUUUCUCUCCUCAUCUAUCUCUAUAGCUGUCUCUCUCUUUCUCUCCUCAUCUAUCUCUAUAGCUGUCUCUCUCUUUCUCUCCUCAUCUAUCUCUAUAGCUGUCUCUCUCUUUCUCUCCUCAUCUAUCUCUAUAGCUGUCUCUCUCUCUCUCUCCCCAUCUAUCGCUAUUGCUGUCUCUCUCUCUCUCUCUUCCCAUCUAUCUCUAUAGCUGUCUCUCUCUUUCUCUUCCCAUCUAUCUCUAUAGCUGUCUCUCUCUCUCUCCCCAUCUAUCUCUAUAGCUGUCUCUCUCUCUCCCCAUCUAUCUCUAUGUUGAGGUAA